AUGCAAAGUUAUUUAACUAAACAUACAAGAAAAAUUAAUGUCUAUAAAUUGAGUAACAUUAAUAAUUGGAAGAUGAUGCCAUAUGUAAACGAACAAAGAUUUUUAAGAAGAAAUAAUUCCAUUAGGUUAGAUAAAUCUUUUACUGACGCAAUUAAAAAAGAUGAAGAAAAAAAAAAAAACAAUAAUGUAAUUGAUAGUAUUUGUUCAGAUUACUCAAAUAAAACAAAAAAUGAAUUUAGUUAUAAUAUAAUACCAAAUGAAAUGUAUAAAAAAAAGUAUGAAAGAAUAUUAUUAAUAGAAAAAUAUACUAAAUAUGAUGAUUUAAAAAAACAAGGUUUUAAGGAUGAUUACAUUUUAAAAAAUUUUUUUAGAAUAUAUAUAUCUCAUUUUACGCACACCCUUAUAGUAAAUAAUAUAAUUCAUAUAUUAAGAACAAAAUAUAAAUCUCAUGUUUCUAUAUUAAAAGCUUAUAAAAAAAAUAUAGAUAAUAUUUUUAUAAGUAGUUCUAGUGUUUUUUCUCCCGAUGCCAUAUUUAGUGUUGGUGGAGAUGGAACAUAUUUAGAAUCAGCCCAUAUAAUAGCUAAUAAAUAUAUAAUAGAUGAAAACACAAAUAGAAAAAAUAAAAGAAUUGAAUUAAUAGGAAUAAAUAGUGAUCCUAAAGGAUCUGAAGGAAAGUUAUGCUUAGACUAUUUAAAUUGCGAACCAGGAGAUGAAAUUAAUUAUGAUUAUGAAUCAUUUGAGCAAUUUGAAAAAAUAUACAAUAGAAGGAAGAAGAAAGCUAAUGUUAUAUUUACUGAUGUUUCUAAUUUUAUCAAAAAAUCAAAAGAAAAAGAAAAAAAAAAAGCGAUGAAUAAUGAAAAUGAAAAAGUAGAGAAAGAAGAGAAAAUUUUUGAAAAUAUAAGUGCAAUAGAUAAUAUUUUACGGAAUAAUAGCUUGCGUUAUGAUGAAUUAACAGGAGGUCCUUCUCUAAAAAGUUAUGAUGAUUUUCAUUUUUAUCUCAAAAAUAAAAAUAACAUCAAUGAAGAAAAACGAGAAAAUGAAGAUAAUAAAAAAAGUGAUUCGUUUCCUGAUAAAAUUGACUUCUUAUCUAAUGAAGCAUCUGAGAAACAUGAAAAUUUAAUCAUUAGUGUUGAAGAAUAUGCGAAAAAAACUUUAAAAAAUUUUUUUGAAACAGAUAAAUACAAAAAAAUAUAUAGGAAAUACAUAACUGUUUUAAUAAAAAAAUCUGAUAAAGAAGUGAAAACAUAUAAAAGUAUUAAUGAGGUGUAUAUAUAUGAAGCAGUAAAAAAUAAUAUAUGUACAUAUAUAAAUAUUGAUAACAAAAUUCUUAAAAAAUUAAAAAGCACAGCUUUAUUAAUAACAAGUGGUACAGGAUCCACUGCUUGGGCAUAUAAUGUAAAUAAAAUAGAUAAGAAAAAAAUGAAAAAUAUAAUUGAAGAAUUUUUAAAUUCUCAAAAUGAUAUUGUAAAGAAAAAUAUAAAAAAUAUAAAUUUUGACUUAUUUUCAGAAUACAUUAACAGUUCUAUUUGUUUCCAUCCAAGCAGCAAAUACAUGAAAUGUAUAGUAAAGGAGCCUGUAGAAAAUAAUGUUUAUGAUUCAACUGAUCACAUAUAUAAUUGUAAGUAUAUUAACAUAAAAAUAUGUACUAGUAAUACUAUUGUUUAUAUAGAUGGUAUAUAUAACAUUAAAAUUCAACCUAAUGAUUCUGUUAUACUGCAUAUAAAAGAUGAUGAUUUCAUUGUAACUUAUAAAUAG